AUGGAGGCGACAAUUAUGCAUCGGUGUUUUGGGAACGGCUCAAGUGGUCUGUUGAUCUGUUUGAUCAUCAGCUCGCUGGUGGAAUUGAUUUUCCUCUAUUUGGGUUCCGGGCCGCCUCUAAUAUCGUUGCAAAUCGAUCUCAUCGCGUCCAUUUGCACAUGGACACUCGCCUUGAUAUCACUGGUUGUUGCAUUCUAUUCGGGUCGUCGUUCAAACGGGUUCGUCGUCACUUAUUGCGUGUUGCAAUUCGUUGCCCAGGGAUUGAUUUUCUUGAAAACGGUCUUCGAUGGACAAGACCUGUCGCCAUACCUGAUUGCUCGUAUCGUUUUGCUGUUUAUUCUCAAUGGCUCAUUUUUUGGCAAUGAUGUCAUUGUUGUGGAAAAAGAGGGAUUUUCCCCAGUCGACACCGCUGGUUUCCACUCAAGAGCAACCCUCUCAUGGCUCUCCCCCAUCAUCGGCUUGGGUUAUAGAAAAGCGCUGGUCUUCGAAGAUCUGUUCGACCUUCCAAGAAACACCUCCACAAAAUACCUUAUGAAAAAAUGGGACGAGUCUUGGUUGAGGGAAUUGGGUCGAGAAAAUGUCCGGAACGGUGGCCGUCCCUCAGUAUUCAAGGUGUUGACACAAGUGUUUUUGAAAUCAAUGAUUGGACCGUCGGUGCUGCGUUUCGUGUCUGAGGCCAUGUUGUUUAUCAAUCCAGUCUUACUGAAAUUUCUUAUCGAUUUCGUCUCAACUCCGGAAGCUCCUCUAUCCUUCGGGUUGCUAUGUGCGUUGUGCAUGUUUGCCUGUUCGGCUGUUCGUUCAUUUUUGACAAACAACUAUGCGUAUCAUAUCCUGCAAAAUGCCGUCUGGAUGCAGUCCAUGCUAUCGACAGCGAUUUUCCGAAAGACCCUGCGACUUUCACCUGUAUCUCGCGGCCACCAUACCCAAGGAGAAGUGAUGAACUUCCUGGCCGUAGAUGCAGAGAAGAUCGUCAGCUAUCUACCAUUCCUCGUCGAGACCCUCACAUGCCCCUUGGAUAUUGUUCUGUCUAUGAUUAUGCUUUGGUUUUUCAUGGGAUGGACUGCCAUUUCUGGCAUUAUUCUGAUGGCCUGCAUCGUUCCGUUUAACUACUACACUUCGAUGUAUAUCAAAAGGCUUCAGUUACAACAACUGAAAGUUAAAGACGAAAGAACCAAGCUUACGAAUGAGGUAUUGAAUGGGAUGAAACUGAUCAAACUCUAUGCCUGGGAGGAGGCGUUCGAGCGUGAAAUCAAUAAGCUCCGAGCCGAAGAAGUGCGAAUUCUCAAAAAGAUGAACAUGACGGGCCGAUUGGUGGAUUCGAUCAAUUCUGCUGCACCAUACCUCGUCGCCAUGGCCACAUUUGCAUUCUACGUCCUGAUCUCCGACGAGAAUGUCCUCACCCCACAGAUUGCUUUCGUCGCUCUGGCGAUUUUCAAUCAACUGAAAAUGCCGAUGAGGAUUCUUGCCAUGAUUAUCAACUAUUUGGCUUUGGUCUCGCUUCGUCGUAUCGAAGACUUUCUGGUCGAAGAAGAAAUGGUGGUUGGGCAGAUCACGGCUCCCACGGAUCCGAAUGUCGUGCUUAAUAUGAAACAUGCUGACUUUAACUGGCUCGGGAUCACCUCCCCACCCACCGUCCGCAUUCCGGAGCUUACAGUACGACGUGGUGAAUUUGUUGCAAUCGUUGGGGCGGUAGGAGCUGGCAAAUCGAGUCUACUAAACGCGAUGCUGGGAGAAAUGUGCUACCUUCGAGGUGUCGUUGAGCUAUGCGACAAAGUAGCGUAUGUGCCACAGCAACCAUGGCUUCGAAAUGAAACGCUGAGGCAGAAUAUUCUGUUUGGGAAGCCUUACGAUCGAAAACUCUACCGUCGCGUCACCGACUCAGCCCAACUACGGACCGAUUUUGAAGCUAUGGAUCAUGGCGAUAUGACCGAAAUUGGAGAAAAUGGCGUAACGCUGUCCGGAGGGCAAAAGGCUAGAAUUGGAUUGGCACGCGCUUUGUAUCAGGAGGCCGACCUUUACCUGAUGGACGAUUGUCUAUCAGCGGUAGAUGCGCACGUUGGAUCCGCGAUGUACACCCGGGUAUUGGGAAGGGAUGGAAUUCUAAGAAACUCGACACGGAUCCUGGUGACACAUGGCCUGCAAUACACAAAAGAAUGUGACCGUAUCCUGGUGAUGAAAGAUGGCGAGAUUGCGGAGUCUGGGACCUACUCUCAGCUUCUGGAAGAAGGGGGCCUCUUUGCCGAUAUGAUUCAGGAAAUGGAAAAACAUAAGGAGGAAGCCAAAGAAGAGGAGGCUGAAGAAAUUUUGGAUCCAGGCCGAUUGCCAUCUCAUCGUUUCUCUCGCAUGGAGUCAGCUUCAGAAAGCGUUAAAGACGAGGCAAAAUUGGUACAAAAAGAAACGGUCGAAACGGGCAGGGUAUCGAAUGCCGUAUAUCUGGCUUAUCUAAAGGCCAUUAGUUUGACCAUUACGAUGAUAGUUUCAAUCUUCGCUAUUAUCCACAUCAUCUUCGCGAUCGCAAGAUCAUUGUGGCUAUCUGCCUGGUCGAAUGGAAAUGUAGACGAUGCGCUGCAGGAGAAGGAUACCGGCACCAAUCUUUCCGUUUUCUCAUUCCUGGGUGUUGCGGAAGUCAUUACCCUCCUUGGAAUCCAAAUAGCUUUGGUGUUUGGAUGCCAGCGAGCCUCGCUAGCUCUCCAUUCCCCGGUCCUACAUUCUAUCUUGCGCUCACCAAUGUCAUUUUUCGACACAACGCCAGUGGGGCGGAUUCUAAAUCGUUUGGCCAGGGACCUAGAAGUCAUUGACAACUUCCUACCAGCAACUAUCGGGCAGUUCUUGAACUGUGCUGUGCAACUCUUCGUUGUACUCGUCAUGAUCUCAAUCGCCACACCCAUUUUUAUCAUUGCUGUGGUUCCAGUUUUGUUGAUCUAUGCCUAUUUCUUGCGAUAUUACAUCAGCGCGGCUCGUCAGCUCAAACGUCUGGAGAGUACGCGACGUUCCCCAUUACUAUCGCUGUUCGGUGAAACGGUGCAAGGAGCCUCAAGUAUUCGGGCCUACAAAAAGAGUGACGAUAUUUGCUUGAAUUUCGGAGAGCACGUCGACCAGUUUGCAAGAUGCAAAAGUUUGGCAUUUGCUGGGAAUCGGUGGCUUGGGUUGAGGCUGGAAGCUAUCGCAGCUACGUUGAUUCUAUUGGCUGCCAUGUGUGGCGUGUUCAGCUCAAGAUUUUCCGACAUUUCACCCGCUAUGCUUGGCAUGAGCAUUUCGUACGCUCUAACGGUGACAGAACUACUGUACUUUGGUGUGCGAAUGAGUUCUGAAUUGGAGACGUACAUUGUAUCGGUGGAACGCGUGGACGAGUAUACACGGCUGACGCCUGAAGCAGAAUGGAGGAGUGGAUCGCUUUCUAAGGAAUGGCCAUCGAGGGGACUGUUGGCUUUCAAGAAUUUUGCUACGAAAUAUAGAUCCGAGUUGCCGCUGGUCAUUCAAAACCUGACGUUAACCACAAGAUCCGGAGAGAAAAUCGGCGUCGUGGGCAGGACUGGGUCAGGCAAAAGCUCCCUGACAAUGGCCCUCUACCGUAUCAUCGAAGCACAAGAAGGAAGCAUCAGCAUUGAUGAUGUUGACAUCUCAAAAAUUGGCCUCCAUGAUCUCCGCGAAAAGAUUUCUAUUAUCCCACAGGAACCUGUCUUGUUCUCCGGUACGGUGCGUUUCAAUAUGGAUCCAUUCGAUAAAUACACGGACAAGCAAUUGUGGGAUGCGCUCGAGAUUUGCCAACUGAAAGAAUAUGUCUCAUCCCUACCCGGUCAGCUUGCUAAUAAAAUCACGGAGGGUGGUUUGAAUAUGAGUGUUGGGCAAAGACAGUUGGUGUGCCUUGGACGAGCAUUAUUGAGGGGUGGAAAGAUUUUGGUUCUGGAUGAGGCGACCGCUGCUUGCGAUGUCCAAACUGAUGCGCUGGUACAGCGGGCAGUUAGAGAAAACUUCCCGGAUUCUACUGUGAUUGCCAUUGCUCAUCGACUAGAUACUAUUGCAGAUUACGACAGGAUAUUGGUUUUGGAUCGUGGACACUUGAGGGAAUUCGAUGAGCCGCAAAAGUUAUUGGAAACCCCGGGUUCCUUGUAUGCGUCUCUUGUGGAAAAGGCAAAACGUUCCGAGACCCGGCCAUUU